CGUCAUCAUCGUCAUCAAUCAUAACUCUCUCGAAUCCUCUCGAGGCUUCCCGUCUUCUCGAACCUCGGAAGAGCGGAGGCACCGCGGGGCGCGCGAUCCCUCCCUCCCCCCCCGAUCUCGGUCAUUGCGGCUCCUCGCCGGCGUCCACCGUUGCCCCGACGGCGGACGGGAGCGGCGGCGGCGGCGACGGUCGGCGGCUGAGUCGGAGGAGAUUCGACUCGAUUCGAUUCCGAUUGGCCGCGGGCGGCUGGCUUUGAUCGGAAGAUGCUCUACCUGAAGCAGCCGAGCUCGGUGUUGUGCAUGGGGAGUAGUGGUGAUAGCUGCGGUUCCUGUUGUUGCUCUUCUUCGUCGUGCGGAUUGGUGGUAGGGUGGUGAACAGGGCGGAGGUUCCUCGAUUCCCCCGGCGGUCUGGUGCAUGCUCUUCUGAUAGUUUCCCUGAGCCUGUGGCUCGGGGAAGGGCCUGAGCUGAGGGGAGGGGGGCGUGCGCUUGCGAAGGAUGGCUCUGCGUGCCGAGAUGGAGGGCUCGUUGCGCUCUCUCGACGCCUGUAUGCAGAAAUUCAGGCUCUACGAGACUCGAUCGAUGUUCUACAUGAUAGGAAGGGACAAGAGUAGGACAUAUUGGAGAGUCCUGAAGAUUGAUAGACUGGAUCCAUCCGAGCUAAAUAUUCUAGAAGAUUCUACCACUUAUACUGAGCAUGAAUGUUCUGACCUAUUAAGGAGAAUACAUGAGGGUAACAUAUCUACUGGAGGAUUGAAAUUUGUGACUACUUGCUACGGGAUAAUUGGGUUCAUUAAGUUCUUAGGACCUUACUACAUGCUGCUUAUAACAAAGCGAACGGAGAUAGGUGCCAUCUGUGGUCAUACUGUGUAUGCCAUCUCUAAGAGCGAGAUGAUUCCUCUUCCAAAUUCCACUGUUCGUUCCAAUUUACCAAAUUCAAGGGAUGAAGACAGAUACAAGAGGCUACUAUGCACAAUCGACCUCACGAAGGACUUCUUUUUUAGCUACUCAUACCAUGUUAUGCGUAACCUACAAAAGAACUUUUGUGACGAUGAAGCUGGGCACAUUCUCUACGAGACCAUGUUCGUCUGGAACGAAUUCUUAACUCGGGAAAUUCGGAAUCACCUCAAAAACACACUGUGGACGGUUGCUUUAGUGUAUGGUUUCUUUAAACAGGCUACACUUUCUGUUGCAGGAAGAGACAUCACAUUGACUCUUAUUGCAAGACGUUCACGACAUUAUGCUGGCAUGAGGUACCUGAAACGAGGGGUGAAUGAUAAGGGAAAAGUAGCUAAUGAUGUGGAGACAGAACAGAUAGUGUAUGAGGGUGUCCCUGAAGGCCUUCCCGUGCAAAUAACUUCUGUUGUCCAGAAUCGUGGGUCAAUCCCUCUUUUCUGGUCGCAGGAAACUUCCCGUUUGAAUCUUAAACCGGAUAUAAUAGUGUCGAAGAAGGACCAGACUUAUGAAGCCACCCGACUUCAUUUUAAAAAUCUUGCCAGCAGAUAUGGCAAUCCUAUAAUUAUUUUGAAUCUGAUCAAGACGGAAGAGAAGAAGCCCCGUGAAUCCAUUCUUCGUGCAGAGUUUGCCAAUGCAAUUGAUUUUAUUAAUAAAGACUUGCCUGAGGAAAAUCGUCUGAGGUUUCUUCACUGGGAUCUACACAAACAUUCUCGGAGCAAAGCCACAAACGUUCUGUUACUUUUGGGUAAAGUGGCUACUUAUGCAUUAACGUUAACAGGUUUCUUCUAUUGUCAAGUAUCACCAGCCUCGAGACCUGAUGAUUGUCUGAAUCGGUCUUCUUCAGAGAAAGUUAAUAAUAGUGGCUUGAGUUCGAUGGAUCUUGGUGAGAACGGAAAUGAUGUGGGAGAUCUUUUGGAGAGAAAACCUAGUGAAGGUGACAACUUAAUAAAUGGAAAUCAUUCUGGAAAGCCUUCAAUGUUCCAAAGAGGGGUACUAAGAACCAAUUGCAUUGAUUGUCUGGAUCGAACAAAUGUUGCGCAAUACGCAUACGGGUUGACAGCUCUAGGUCAACAACUUCAUGCUCUUGGAAGUAUAGACUGCCCCAAAAUAGACCUUGAUGCUCCUUUAGCUGAUGAAUUGAUGGGGUUCUAUGAGAGGAUGGGGGACACACUUGCUCAACAAUAUGGUGGCUCAGCGGCUCAUAACAAGGUAUUCUCUCAGAGACGGGGUCAGUGGAAAGCAGCCACUCAAUCUCAAGAGUUCUUCAGAACUUUACAACGAUAUUACAACAAUGCUUACAUGGAUGCUAUGAAACAGGAUGCAAUUGAUGUAUUUUUGGGGAAUUUCCUGCCGGAGAUUGAUAAGCCUGCAGUCUGGGAGCUGGAUUCUGACCAACCCUCUGAUUCUGCGAGGAAUGGACAGACGGAUGUCGAUGAAGAUGGAAGGUCAAUUUUCAAAAGAUGCAUGUCAGAUGGGAAUAUUCUUCGAAAAACAAACCCAUCAAUGUCAACAACAAAGAUCGAGCAGGAGAAGUUUUGUGGUUCAGUUUUACCUGAUCGAUCAGAGGGAGCAAGGAGAGUACUCAGCGAGUCGUCACCUGACAUUUCAACCUCAGAGAGUGAAAUGACAUUUUCAAGGUACACCCCUUCAAUGCCUCGGAGACAGCUAUUUGGAGAUGUACAUCGAGAAAACAAUCAUAUCUACUACUCUGAGUAUGGAGAUGCAUCAAAUUGCUCCAACUUUGUUGAUCUAGAUUGGCUCUCAUCAUCAGGAAACUCAUGUGAGGAGGAGCCUUACGAAAGGUCAUCAAUACUCACAAGCUCUCCAGUUGCCGGAUUGUCAUCAGAGAAUGUCAUGUAUGGAAUUGGGGCGACCCCAUCUACAAGUGAUUCCAGCAUGAAGGUCAGUGCCCUUCCUCAAGAUUCUAGCAACAACUUUUCAGAAAUCAACUCUUGUUGACUCUUACCGGUAAGGGAGCAUACUGCGACUGAGCUAUCGUAUCAUAACUCCCAUAAUUCUGAUGUCUUGGAGGAAUUUUCAGAUGGCUUUGUACAAUGGGUAACCUACGGAGAGGCGCUCUGCCACUGAAGCCCAGCUGAUUCCCUCAAGGUUCUUCUCGUGUUCCCUUUUUUGAACUUGUUCCGAUCUAUACAGAGUCGAUGCAUCGAAUGGAAGAUAUAGGAGACUGUAUCACGAACAAAGAGGACUCGGGGCGGGAAAAAAAAGGGGGGGUGAGGGCGAUCGGCUUCGGUAUUUCCGUUAGUCCUCCUAGUUGAGUGACCUGAUUGAUUAGUACAAAAGAGUAAAUAGCAACGGUUAGAAUUCUUUCUGGCGCUCUUCAUUUUCGCCUACUUAAAAAUUUCAUCCGGGAACUCGGUAGGUUCGAACUUGUAAAUAUCUAUCUGCUUUCACUUUGUGAGCUCCACUUCUUUUAAGCCACAGAUAAUCGAUUCUUUAUUCCUUGAUA